UGGUCCCAGACGGCAUGGUGUGAUCAUUAUCAAGCGAUGACCGCUUUCCCCUGGCCAGAGAUCCCGACUGCUUCCGGCCGAGUCUGCGUCAAAGAUGACGAUGCCAUUGUUGGCUCCCGGGUGACGUUUGCGGAUGCCACCAGAUGCACCUGUGUUUCUCGAGGCAUCGAAUUCCUCCUGUUCUGCUCAAGUUCCCAGCAAUUGCUCGCUCUGCCCGCCCAGCCUGGACUCUGGAGAGCAUUCGCAAAAAAUAGAAGCAAUUCCGGUGCCAUUCUGCCUAGGGAUCCAUUCGUACGUAGCGUAAACUUAGCUUGGCUUUCCGAACGAGAGUUUUCGGCACGUUCUCCAGACGCCUCCACGGCCCCGGUACCUUGA